AUGGCUCAAUCACUCGCCGCAGCCGGACAGAACCUCGAGCGACGUACAGUUGUGUCUGUCCUCCUCUUUCCCCACAAGCCAUACGCGUCCAAACCUUAUCGGGUUCUAUUGUUCCGCCGCUCUGAUAAAGUCAGCACAUACCGCAGGAAGCUUGCGCCCAUUGCGGGCUCGGUCGAGACAUAUGACCAGUCGCCGCUGCAGGCCGCCUGGCGCGAACUGCGCGAAGAGACUUCCUUCGGACCACAGCAGAUCGAGCUGUGGAGACGAGGGGCCGGGUUCGAGUUUACGGACCGGAAAGCCGUGGUUAGCGAUGAAGGUGAGCGUAAGGUGAAAGGGCGCAUCUGGAAGGUCUGGCCUUUUGCGUUCCGCCUGACCGCGGAGACGGCCGACUACGACAAUGACGUCGAGAAAUUGGGCCUCCAGAUGAAUUUUGAGCAUCUGGGCUGUCAGUGGCAGGAUGUCGACGACGUCCUUAGUGGCAGGAUACUGGAUGAUUGCGUGCCCAGGCUGGAGAUGACGCUCGGGCAGGUCUGGGUCGAACCCGACAGCGUCUUGUACCAAGGACUCGAAGAGCUGCGACUGGAUCAUUCACACGGAGCGAGAGAACUGGCCACCAUGGCCGUGAAGUCAUUGAUCCGGAUCGUGGAACACGACCAGCAAGCCCCGCAGCAACACAAAGACGCGGAUGAGUGGUGGAAGGGUCUUCAACGACAGGCAUUCCAUCUCGCCUUUAACGGACGACCAAGCAUGGCAGCUGCGAUAUCCAAUGCUGUCGCGGCAGCUUUGAAAGAAGCAAAGACUCACAUUGACCCUCCUCCACCAGACUUUAUCGAGAAAGUAAGACAAAGCCUAGAGGCCUCGGUCGCCAACAGGGCCGAGAUAUCCAAACAAGUGAGUCUGCAGUUCUCGAAGUUCCUGCAGGAGAGGUUCCGGUCAAGUUCAAGUGCUCAGGCCCACGCAGGUGAAAAGGGGCGGCACAUCAAAAUAUUGACCCUGAGUUCGUCCUCGACCAUCAAAGCUGCGGUGAUCCAUGCCCUCGAGGCCGACGAGACGCUGUCACUAGAACUGCGCAUCUUGGAAUCCCGCCCGCUGAAUGAAGGCGUGAGUUUCGCCAAAUUCUUGACCGACGAAGCCCAGAGACGCCGCGCCGAAGGCCUGCCGCCCCUUGAUGAGCGCCUGCGGGUCGUUCUUGCGAGCGACGCCUCGGUCGGCGUGCUGAGUCGGGACGUCGACCUUGUCGUGAUCGGCGCCGAUCGCAUCUCCGAGGCCGGAGACGUGAGCAACAAGACCGGCUCCCUCGCAGCCGCGCUGGUCAGCAAGGCCGUCACGAACGGCAAGGCGGUGGUCGUGUGCGUCAGCGAGAGCGAAAAGAUCGCGGCCCCCGGAGCGGCGGGGGAUCAUGCGGAAGAGGACAACGACACGGCUGAGCUCACCGGCAGCUGGGACGUGCAGGAGCAGCAGCACCAGCAGGAGUCCUCCUCCCUGUGGGACAAAAUGGUGACGGUACGCAACGUCUAUUUUGAAUGGGUGCCCGCGCAACACAUUGAUUAUUUCGUCUGCGAGGUCGGCACCCUGUCAACACAGGAUAUCCGCCAGAGGUCGCAACAGAUAGGUGAGGUGAUGAACGAGGUCUUUACGGUCGAGCAGGGGGUGAAUGUUUCUGAACCAUCGGGGCUUUGA